GGAACAGGGUUUGCAGAACUUGCGUAUGUUUGGGAUCCAAACACAAUUUGGACUCUCCUGGUCAGGUGCACCUAUCCAGAUUACAAUGCUUUCAUUUCUGCUACUGAAAUUGUUAACUCUGCUGAGGUAGGUGUUGGCCUAAAGAAGAUGAAGGGUUAAUCAUGUGGUAGAAUAUUUCAAUAUUUUCCAAGGGUACCACAUGGUGAUCCUCGUAACUUUGCUAAUUGUGCUAAGUUGAGAAAUUUUUUUAAAGAUUGCUAACUUUUUUUGUACUUGUCCUUUUUUCCUUACAUCUCUCUGAGGUUUCACUGAAUCCAGAAAUACAAUCCCUUAUCCUACACACAGAGGUCCAAUUAAUUUUUCACAAGUUCUAGGUGAUUGCAUGUAGGUGUAAAAAUGUUUAGGAAAAUAAAGGUGUGCGUAAAAUCAGUCUCUAACAUUUCUGGGGAUAUUGACCAGAAAUGGGAUUUGAAGUAGAUUUAAGUUGAUAAUUUUUCGAUGGACUCUAAAUAGUUUCCUAUAGACACAGAAUGCUUUGGUGUAGUUGGGUGACUGUCUGGUGUUGUGUAAAGGAUUUUUAAUCCCCUUGUACAUGAUUAUUGAUUGAUAAUUAUAUGUUACACAGUUUCAUAGCUUGUUAAGACAGUAUAUAAUCAGCUAAAGCUCUUGGGGGGCCAGCUAAGUCUUCCCGACUGCUGCGGGGCACACAUAACUCUCUCUCCUGUGGGAGUCAUUCCUGGACAAGACUUGUCAGGCACUUUCAAAUUUGAGUAG